AAACGCUGUCGUACGGAUAAGAAACUCACAUGUCGCUUGCAUUGGAAGCGAAACUUAACCAGUUGACACUCUAGACACCAAAAAUCGAGCUCCAUGUACAUUUCUACACAGAUUUACACGAUGAGAGAAAGAGAGAAAAAAAUGAGUAAUAGCAACACACAGCUUUCUUCAAUUAAAUUCUGACAGAUUGUUCAAAAAAAAAAAACCGCGUCCAAACAUGGUUCAACAUCGCAGAGCAACAAGUAGAUUGUGCUUCAACCCCACCAUUUAGAUCUACCUCUCUUCUUCUUCUUCUCAAUUAGCUCUGGUAAUUAAGCUCCAGAUCUCACCUUAUAUAGCUCUUCGAUUUUCUCCAAAUCCAAGCGCUAAUCUCUCAUCAAUUUUGAUCGGAUCCAAUCCGAUCUGAUCCUCGAAAGCCUAAAAAUGGCAGGGGCAGUGUCGGCACUGUUUCUCUUAGAUAUCAAAGGCCGCGUUCUCAUUUGGCGUGACUAUCGCGGCGAUGUCUCCUCCGUUCAGGCCGAGAAAUUCUUCGCCAAGCUCAUUGAGAAAGAGGGUGAUCCGGAGACGCAAGAUCCGGUUGUGUACGAUAAUGGUGUAACCUACAUGUUUAUACAGCACAACAAUGUGUUCCUGAUGGCGGCGUCGAGGCAGAAUUGCAAUGCUGCCAGCCUUCUUUUCUUUCUACACCGCUUAGUUGAUGUCUUUAAGCAUUAUUUUGAAGAGUUAGAAGAGGAAUCGCUUCGAGACAACUUUGUUGUAGUGUACGAGUUGCUUGAUGAGAUUAUGGACUUUGGUUACCCUCAGUAUACAGAAGCGAAGAUUCUUAGUGAAUUCAUCAAGACCGAUGCUUAUAGGAUGGAAGUUACGCAGAGGCCUCCCAUGGCCGUAACAAACGCAGUUUCUUGGCGUAGCGAAGGGAUACAAUACAAGAAGAAUGAGGUUUUCUUGGAUGUGGUGGAGAGUGUUAAUAUACUUGUCAACAGCAAUGGACAAAUAAUUAGGUCUGACGUUGUUGGAGCACUGAAGAUGAGAACUUAUUUAAGUGGCAUGCCUGAGUGUAAGCUUGGCCUAAAUGAUAGAGUAUUAUUGGAGGCACAAGGUCGUGCAACCAAGGGAAAGGCUAUUGAUUUGGAAGACAUCAAAUUUCAUCAGUGUGUGCGUUUGGCCCGGUUUGAAAAUGAUCGGACCAUAUCCUUCAUACCGCCUGAUGGAGCUUUCGAUCUCAUGACAUAUAGACUCAGCACUCAGGUAAAGCCUUUGAUUUGGGUGGAAGCUCAAGUUGAAAGGCAUUCUAAAAGUCGUAUUGAGAUUAUGGUAAAGGCUCGGAGCCAGUUCAAGGAGCGCAGCACUGCCACAAAUGUUGAGAUUGAGUUGCCUGUGCCAUCAGACGCUACAAAUCCAGAUGUUCGUACAUCAAUGGGGUCUGCAUCGUAUGCACCUGAAAAGGAUGCAAUGGUCUGGAAAAUAAAAUCUUUUCCAGGUGGCAAGGAGUAUAUGUUGAGAGCAGAGUUUCGUCUUCCAAGUAUAACAGCAGAAGAGGCAGCUCCUGAGAGAAAAGCUCCUAUACGUGUGAAGUUUGAGAUACCAUAUUUUACUGUAUCAGGGAUACAGGUUCGAUACUUGAAGAUUAUUGAGAAAAGUGGAUACCAAGCUCUUCCAUGGGUGCGGUACAUAACAAUGGCUGGCGAAUAUGAACUAAGGCUUAUAUGAUGGUUGCUUCACAUGUUGUUUCUAUCCACCAUGUGUAUUUCUCCGCGAUUUAGUACUCAAAUUGGAUAUAUAUCAAGGAGCCUUUUGAAAGUCCGUUGCCAUGUAUUGAUGAUUAUUGAGAAUAAUCAUUUUUGGUUCUCUGGCAUUAUUUUGGUUGGUUUGUGCAUCAGGAAUUAUUUUGACAGGAUUUUUAGUUGGUGGUUGUCCAGAAAGUACAUUUUGUUAUCCUUUUCUUCUGUUCGGAAUAACAUAGCAUAUCUUGUAAUUUCAAUAUUUUCCUGUCAUCUUUGUAUUCAAAUUAGUAUUCCUUGAGAAA